AUGGUACCGUCUCUGUGGUCUGCCCCGGCUCUUUUCGCCGGCCUGGCAAUUGCCAGUGCAUGCCGUCCGGCCUUUGGCGACGCAAAGUUCAAGACCAUCGUGACGUUUGGUGACAGCUACACGGAUGAAAAUCGCCUAGGCUACUUCAUAUCCAACAAAGGCGCCGCUCCGCCUGCUGGUUGGCAGCAGCCUGUGGGCUUGGCCACGGCCUCUGGUGGCCGAUCUUGGGCUCGCUAUGCCAGCUACUACUCCAACGCCACCCUCUACAACUAUGCCGUCUCCGGAGCUGUAUGCUCAAACAAAGUCACUCCGCGCUACUUCUCGGCCAUUAACGCAUCAUUCCCCGAUAUUGCUGGCUAUGAGGUUCCUGCCUACCUCGCCGACGCCAACUAUGUCAGUCCCAACGGCACCAAGUUCUUCACCGGCAAGCCGUCCAACACCGUCUACGCCAUCUGGAUCGGCACAAACGACCUUGGCAACGGCGCCUUUUUGACCGACAGCCAGCUCCCAGGCAAGACGGUCGCAGACUACACCGACUGUGUCUACGACCAGAUUACCCGUCUCUACGAGCACGGCGCCCGCUACUUUGUCCUCAUGAACCUUGCGCCUCUCGCUCUGCUCCCGCAAUACCAGGCACCCGACCAGGACGGCCUGCAAUCCACACAGUACUUCCCCGAUGCCCCUGGCAAAAACCUGUCCCAAGUCCACGGCCGCAUGCAAAACACCGUUGCCGCGCUGAACCAGCAGUACCAGUUCCGCACGCCCUACCUCUCCAUGACCAAGACGUGGAAACAUGCCACCGUCGUCAACUUCGACGUCAACGCUCUCAUGACAGACAUGUACCGUCAUCCUGCCACCUACUUCAAUGGAACCGCCCCGCCAAACGUCAAGGGCGUCGUCCAUCUGUGCAACGAGCAGGGCAAGAAUUGCACCACCGCCUCCAGCCCAGACAGCUACAUGUGGUAUGAUCCGCUGCAUCCUAGUGAGCAAACAAGCCGUAUCGUAGCAAGAGAAUUCGUCAGCGUGCUCAAUGGAAAGAGCAAGUGGGCUUCUUGCUAG